AUGAAUAUCAGUAUGAUGUUGUGGAAGUUGCGAGCACGGAUAUGUAAGCGGAGUCUAUGGUCUUUCACAAUAAAUUCCUUGAUCUACUCAGAUGAUUCUCAGCCAGCCGUAUUCCAGAAAAGGAAUGUGGUUAUCUGUUUACAAGGAGUAAUAGAUUGCUUACAUAGUACUUUUAUUAGAUUUAGCCAUACAAAAAUAUUAAUUAUCCUAAAGAAAUCGCCACCUCACAGCAAUAUUGAUCAAUUAAAGAAAAUUUCAAACAAACUUCAAAAAAUCAAAGAUAUCAUUGAAUUAAACUUUUAUUAUUACUAUUAUUGCUAUGGUUCUUUGGUGUUGGUGAAGAUCUUGAACUUUGAAAACGAAACUCCAAUAAAGAAAUAUAUACGGGUGUUUAGGUUUCAUGAAUACAAGUCAGAUGUAUACCCUAGGAUCCUAAAUAAAUCAUCAAUUUGA